GCUUCAUCCGGCUUCCUCGGCUUUGCGCGCGAAUGGAAAGGGCAGACAGCGGGGGCACCCAGGCAAAAAGAAGAAAGGCGUGCGGCGCUACACAGAGUUUUCGCACAGACUGAGGGAGAAGCGGGCAGCAGCAGCAGCAGCUAGUAGUAGUAGCCAAGAAGGACGAAAAGGGUUGAGUUUCUCCACAGCGGUCGCUUCGGCCAAGUGGUUAAUCGCCGGCCUUAUCAGAGCAGAGGCGUCAGCAAGUCCAGCGUGGGGGUGCGAAGAGUUUUGUUGUAUAUAACCUGCACCCAACUCCCCCGCCUUCGCCUCCGACCACGACUCCGACCCCGACCUCGAGACGGACAAGAAGAAGAAGACUGGCAGCAAUGGCGUCGCCCCACCCUUCAUUAAACCCGUUUGGAAUGGGGCCCUUCCACUCCCGUCGAUCGACGGUGAUGGGCACCCGCGGUGUCGUGGCCUCUUCGCAGCCCCUGGCCUCGUCGGCGGGCAUCAGCAUACUGGAGCAGGGAGGCAACGCUGCCGAUGCUGCCGUGGCCGUCGCCGCCGCCCUCAACGUGACGGAGCCGUGCAGCACGGGCAUCGGUGGCGACGCCUUUUGCCUCUUUUGGGACGCCGAGAAGCGCCAGGUCAGGGGUCUCAACGCCAGCGGCCGCUCCCCCGCCGCCAUGUCGCUCGACUCGCUCAAAAAGGCAGGCGUGACCGACGGCAUUGGGCUGCAGAGCGUGCACUCCGUCACCGUCCCCGGCGCAGCCGCUUCCUGGGUCGAUACGGUGGAGAAGUUUGGCUCGGGCAAGCUGACGCUCGAAGAAAUUCUUGCACCCGCGAUCCGGCUCGCAGACGGCGGCUAUCCCGUCCAUGAGAUCACGUCCAAGGCCUGGGUGGCCAGCGAGGCAAAGAUCAAGGCUGCGUCACCCAACGGCGACGAAAUGAUGCUGCCGGGCAGCAAGCGGGCGCCCAAGCAGGGCGAGAUUAUGCGCAUGCCCAACCUCGCAAGGACCUUUCGCGAGGUGGCCAUCAAGGGCAAAGACGGCUACUACAAGGGCAGGAUUGCCCAGGCCAUCGUCGACGUCCUCAAGCAGAAGGGCGGCCUGAUGGAGCUCGAGGACCUGGCCAAGCACGCCGAGGUUGGCAGCGAAGAGAUCACGCCCAUCUCCUACGAGUACGGCGCCUCAAGCCCGAAUGCGCACGACGGCGUCACGCUCCAUGAAUGCCCUCCCAACGGCCAGGGCCUCGUCGCUCUUGUUGGUUUGGGCGUCAUUGACUCGCUCCGUCGACAGGGAAAGAUCGGCGACGUGGCAAAGAUGGAGCACAACUCCGCCGAGUACUUGCACACGCUCAUUGAGGCCCUCCGCUUCGGCUUUGCAGACGCCCACCAGUGGGUCUGCGACCCGGCCCAUGGCGGCCUGGACCGAGUGGAAUCGAUGCUGAGCGACAAGUACCUCGAUGAACAAUCCAAAAUCUUUGAUCCCAAGAAGCUCGUCCACAUCGCCCACGGCAACCCGGAGAGCUCGUCCAACACCGUCUAUUUCAGCGUGACGGAUGGCCAGGGCAAUGCGUGCUCGUUUAUCAUGUCCAACUAUACUGGCUUCGGCUCGUGCAUCGUUCCCAAGGACUGCGGCUUCACGCUGCAGAACCGCGGCAGCGACUUCAAGAUGGACCCGGCGCACCCGAACUGUGUCGCGCCGAGCAAGCGGCCGUAUCACACCAUCAUCCCCGCCAUGGCGACGAGGCGGGCUGAGGACGGAAAGCCGGAGCUGUUCCUUUCCUUUGGUGUCAUGGGAGGCUUCAUGCAGCCCCAGGGCCAGAUCCAGGUGCUGCUCAACAUCCUGCGCGGCCACACGCCACAGGCGGCCCUCGACGCGCCCCGGUUCUGCAUCGGCACAGGCAUGCGCGACAAGGGUCCAAUCGACUCGACCGUCUAUCUCGAAGAGGGCAUCGCCGAUAGCGUCGCAGAGGAGCUCCGCCAAAAGGGCCACACAAUCGUGCAGGUCCACGGCUGGGACAAGCGCGACCAAUUCGGCCGUGGACAGGUCAUCAUGCGCGCCAAUGACGCCGGCUCUGGGAGAAAGGUCUGGGUCGCCGGCAGCGAUCCCAGGGGCGAUGGAAAUGCGAUUGCGCAGGUCUGAACCUGCGGGCUAUAGUACAGUACACAACAAUUGAUCAUACAAGUAUAGUACAGCACAGCCAAUACUUCUAUAGAUGAAUGUUGUGCGCAAUGCGAUACGAAAAGCAAAAGGGACUU